AUGCAAACAAAAAAGAAAAGGAAAUAUUGGGUUCAUCCUUUUAUUGAGAAAAAUAUCAACUGCAGAACUUUUGUAGCGGCCAGAGAACUACAAGAAACCGAUGCAAAAUUUUUGGCAUUUUAUAAGAUGUCUAGAGAGUCCWAUGCAGAACUUGUAACAAUUAUUUCUCCUGCCAUUCAUCAGCAUAACACUCACCUGAGAGAAUGUGUGAGUCCAGAGGAACGAAUAUUAAUCACAUUAAGGUAUUUAGCUACAGGAUGUACAUUUGUCUCACUUGGGUUAUAUUUUUGUCGGGUAGAGUCUACUGUUAGUCGCAUCGUAGCAGAGACAACUAAGAUAUUUUGGGAAAAGAUGAAUAAGGAUUGGAUGCCGAAACCAAAUAAAGCUCAAUGGAAACGAAUUUCACAACGUUUUGAGUCUUUGUGGAACCUUCCAAAUUGUAUCGGGAGCUUAGGUGGUAAACAUAUUCGCAUCGAGAAACUGCCGAAUACUGGUUCGAGUAAUUUCAAUUACAAGGCCUAUCACUCAAUAGUGUUAUUAGGCUGCUGUGAUGCUGACGGCCUUUUUACUAUGAUAGAAACUGGAUAUGCUGGUAGGAACAGCGAUGGAGGGAUAUUUCGAGCUUCAGCAAUGAAAUAUUGGUUAACACGCAAAGAACUUGAUAUACCUUCACCUUCAAAGCUACAAUAUGACGAAAAUGACUGCGAAUUUCCUUAUUAUUUGUGGAUGAUGAGGCAUUUCCAGUAUCGACAUAUUUGA